AUGUUUCCUCGGAAGCGCCAACGAACCAACCCGCCAGCAGGCCCGGCCAGUGCGGGCCUGAUAGGCGCUGCGACCCCGGCGCCCGUUGCGUCACAAGCACCGACGAUAACCUCGGAUCUGUCGCCAGUGCCCGCUUCAGCAUCUUCGGCUUCCAUCGCCACAGCGCCUCCUGCACUGGACACCUCGAGCUCUGGCCCCUCCAUGCCGUCGACACGACGAGGCUCAACGAAUGUCUCGGCCAUAACGCCUGGCGUGGGAGAUUCUGCGACACCUGCUGCAUCGAAGACGAUCCGUAAAACCCGAAGCUGGUACGGCACGUGGCCGCGAAUGCCCAAGCCGGAAGCCUCGACACAGCUAGCCCGCGAGGUCGCGAUCACAAACACUCUUCGUGCCGGCCAUGCGGCAGACUUGACUCGAUUCAGCACCAAGCGCACCACGACAGCGAGCUCGGAAGACCUGGCGCAGACAGGACGAAAACCUGUGGACGGUGACGUCGCGAAGCUGGGUAUCGCAGAAGUCCCAAGCGACAUAACUCAAUCAGAACAACGAUCUGAAUCACGAGCUGAACAGCAAGCGGCAGAAGCGAUAGUCGCAACGACUGCCACAGCCACACCGGCGAACAGCGGGACAGAAGAUUCCGCUCAGGAGCAGCCAUCUUCAACUUCUACUAGUUGGCUCAGCUGGCUGACAAGGGCUCCUGUGCGAGAUACUUUAUCUGCUGCAGAGCCCACAAUGCCUGCUCAGAGAGAGCAGCCGGAGAAUGUCGAGCAGACAGUAGCCAAGGCAGUGCAUAGCGGCAGGGAGGACCCGAAGGGAGUCCAGGAAUCAACAGAGGAAGCGCCUCGGGCCGCAGAGCCUUCGGCGCAAAGCGCCGCCUCGUGGUUCAACUUUUGGGGAUCUUCAGCCGCUACUCCAUCCACUGAUGACAAAGGAAACACCAGUGAGGAGCCAGCAGACACUCAAGCCGCACCACUAGAACGGGAGGCAUCCUCAAAAGCCCCCUCGACAGCUUCCACAGCAACGACAGCACCGACGGCACCGACAGCGCGACAACCUUCCGCUGGAUCCACGUGGGCGUUUUGGUCUCGGGAUGCAGGGAAAGAAGAGAAAAAUCGCGGCGGUGCUGAUAAAGACCAGGGUGAAAUCGCCGUGAUUGGAGACGGGUCCGAAACGAAUCCGCAAAAGGCGGACAGUGCACAGCUGGGCGAACCUAUACCCACUGCUCCUGAGGCAAAGGGCCAGCUUGCGAAGACGUCGUCCAUAACGAAAGUCUUGGGCUCCAAGAAAUCCAAGAGACUGCGCCCUGAUUCGUUGGACCUGGACGAGACAGCAACUAUACGAGGAGGGUCAUCGCCAUCUGAGUCAACACUGGUGAAGCCUGCUACGACAUCGGCGACACCUGUGACGACAACACAAAGACCGCUGACGCCACAUAAAAUCCCACCCGCCAACCUUGUCAUCCCUUCUUUCAACCAGACAUACCGCCUGAAGGACAAUCCAUCCGUGAUCAAGCAGAUUGCACAAUUCCUGUUGAGGACUCAGCAGCCCCCCGCGAAACAUGUUUAUCUGACCAAGGAACCUCCUAAGGUCAAGAAGGCGAUUGCUAUCGGUGUUCAUGGGUGGUUCCCGGCGUCCUAUCUCCGGCCCAUGAUCGGGCAGCCCACAGGGACGUCCAUUAGGUUCAUGAAUCACGGUGCAGAUGCAAUCCGGAAGUGGGCCGAUGCCAACGGGAGCCCUGAUUGCGAAAUUGAAAAGAUUGCCCUCGAGGGCGACGGGAAAAUCAGCGAGCGUGUGGACAACCUAUGGAAGCUGCUGCUCAAUUGGAUCGAGCACAUUCGACAAGCCGACCUCAUCAUCCUGGCCUGCCACUCACAAGGCGUUCCGGUAGGCCUCAUGCUGAUAGCCAAGCUCAUUGAACUUGGCAUCGUGACUAGUGCCAAAAUCGGGAUUUGCGCCAUGGCUGGUGUCUGUCUCGGCCCCUUUGCCGACUAUAAAGCCGGCGUGGGAAUGCUCAUGGGCUCCGCAGCAGAGUUGUGGGAGUUUGGCGACGCAGAGAGCGAGAUAUCGAAACGGCUGGAGCAAGCCCUACAGGUGGUUUUGGAUUUCGGUGCAAGAGUAACCUUUGUUGGAAGCAUAGACGACCAGCUUGUGCCUCUGGACUCGGCUGUUUACUCCCCAGCAGCGCAUCCUUACAUUUUUCGAGCCGUAUUUAUCAACAGCCAAGUCCAUGCCUCAGACUUUAUUGCGCACCUCAUCGGCUUCGCCCUCAAACUCCGGAACUUAGGCAUUUCGGAUCACGGCCUCAUCCGCGAGCUUUCUGUCCCCCUGGCUGGCAGCCUAUACUCAGGCGAAGGCCAUUCGCGGCUCUACGAUGAACAACAGAUAUAUGACCUGGCUGUUGUUCAUGCCCUGGAGACUUCAAGCGUAGCAAAGACACCGUGCCACUUUGAAAAGCGACUUCCUGUCAGCAAACAGCCCAACCCAUACCUCUUGCCGUGGAUCAUGCGCGGUCUCUUGGAGGAAGAUUUUGUCAAGACUGAGCUUUCGCAGGAAACGGCAGAGCUCCUCAAACAGUUCGAUGCAUGGGAGCCGUCGACGAAACCCUUGAAAGACGUUAAGUGGCGCCUUGAGGCUGUGCGUUCCAAGCUCUAG